UGCAGUGCCCGGUCUACAUUCAACACAUUCUGCUAAUUCACUUGCUUACAAUUCUAAUCGCAUGAGCCGGGGGUCGGUGGGUCGUGUGGGUCGGUGGGAGGGAUUAGAGAUCGUAAUAAUAAUGUCAUUGUCGCGUUCUUUUAUUGUCGGUUCUAUAUUGUCAUUGCGAUUCCGCCUAAACUCUCCACUCUCCAAGAGGAAAACAAAGAGCCACAAUAUAGAUUCUUCGUUUUACAUUUCUUGUGACUUAGUUCCCUCCUUUGAGAAACCUCCAAAAAUUCUAGUUACACGUGGGUCCGAAAUGAGAGCCAUCGGCAACGGCAACCCGACUGGAUCCAUCGGGUGGUAGGGUCUUUAUCGCCUGAUAAAGCUUUAUCAGGCUUCGAUUGGCGGCGGCGGUGACCAGCUAGACGAGAAUAUCAAAUUUCAGUCUUUAGUUCAACUCGCGCCUCGAUUCUGAGCGGAUCGGUUCUCACCUGCUACCUGCCUCCUGCCGCCCGCCACUAACCACUUGCGAAUAGCCAACGAAAACCUCGGUAUCACCAAACGAUUGAGGCGUCCUCCUGUUGCUCCUAGCUGGAACAAGGAGCGCAAACGGCAAUUUAAUUAAUCGCCCAAGUGCCGAUUAGAUUGUACUGAAAAAUAAACGAGUGUUACUAUUCGACUGCUGAUAAUAUGCGCAUUGUAUAGGCCGUCCAGAAACACUAGAUCACUAUCUUAUCGAGGGAAGCCGAUGGACGAUUGAGUUCCAACAACAAGACACUAUUCAAGCAUUCCAAAAAUGACGGAAGUUAAGCGACGGGGAUCCCUCCCCCCACCGGGCAACCACCUGUGCGGCAUGGCCAACUGGCAUCCAGCCUGGCUGCAAAAAUACGCCACCACCAAGAUGUUCAUGGGAGUUUACGGAUUGCUGGGCACCAUUCAGGCCAUGUCCUAUAUGUACUUCAUCGUUACCCUGACCACGCUGGAGAAAAGAUUUAAGAUACCCAGCCAAACGACAGGAAUCAUCCUCAGCGGCAACGAAAUCUCCCAAAUCAUGCUCUCCCUUAUCCUAUCCUAUAUCGGCGGUCAGCGGAAUCGCCCUCGGUGGAUAGCCUGGGGCAUAGUGUUUUGCGGCUUGUCCUGCUACAUUCUCGUCCUGCCACACUUUAUCUACGGAGCUGGUCACGAGGUGCUGCAGUUCACCAAGGAGUACCAAGAAGGCCUUCUGAAUGGCAACUCCACUACGGGACUACCUGUGCUGAAUGUAAGCUCUGCCCAAAGUGAACAGCUUUGUGGAGCGGGAAAGAAGGAAGAGGACUGCGAUGACCUCUUCAGCAUUGUGCCCUUGGUGCUCAUAUUCCUCUCGCAAUUCGUGCUGGGCGUGGGCAAUACCAUGUACUACUCCUUGGGUCAGACCUACUUGGAUGACAACACCAAGAAGACAAACACCCCUUUGAUGCUCUCCGUGGCCAUGGCUCUUAGAAUGGUUGGUCCAGUUGUGGGAUUCUUUUUUGGUUACAUCUCACUGAACACCUUCAUCGAUCCCAGCAAGACCCCACUGAUCGAUAAAAAAGAUCCCCGUUGGCUGGGUGCCUGGUGGCUGGGCUGGGUGAUCUUGGGCACACUGAUGUGCCUUUUUUCUGGCCUGAUAGGGCUUUUCCCGAAGCAACUUCCCAAGGCCAAUGACCCGGAAAAGACCAACUCCCACCUGCCGCUGGCUCUCCGCCAAACAAAGGACGAACUGAAGCGAGAGGAGAACCUAUCCGUGAGCAGUCGCUUCUCCUCCAACGCCGCCCUGGACAAUAUUGGAGCGGCUGCGGGAGCUAACUCGGAGCUACCAAAGCUGAAGGACUUCCCACGUGCCCUCAUGCGCCUCUUGCGUAACAAGCUUCUGAUCUUCAACAUCCUGUCGGGAGUGUUCUAUAUCCUGGGAGCCUCGGGAUUCAUGACCUUCCUCACCAAGUACAUGGAGGUGCAGUUCCACAAGAACUCGCAGGAGGCCACAAUUAUCGUUGGUCCUGUGUCCAUUUUGGGCAUGGUAGUGGGUCUUAUCGGAUCUGGUUUGGUGUUGUCCAAGAAGAAGCCUCAUGUGAGCAAGGUGCUAAUUUGGAACGUGAUCGUGGGCUUCAUCUACAUCCUGGGAAAUAUAUCCUAUGCCUUCCUCUACUGUCCAGACUCCUUCUCCAUGACCCAUGUGGGGCAACUUAACCUGACGAGUGAUUGCAACUCCAACUGCACCUGCAAAGACAUCAGCUACACCCCAGUGUGCCACGAGCCUACGGACACCACCUUCUUCUCGGCCUGCCAUGCCGGCUGCCGUGGCUACAAUGCUACGUCCAAGCUCUAUGAAGACUGCAGUUGCCUGGCCAACUCAAAUUCCCCGCCGAGUGCUGCGGAAAGGUUCAUACAACUAUUGGAACCCACACCAGAACCGGAAUGGGAGAGUACUACGGUCUUAGGGUUCGACCAGCUCCCUCUUCUGAAUGACGACAACGAUUUCAUCAGUGAGCCGAUGUCCCGCAAAAAGAGGGCUGUUCCUGAAGAGGUGGUACGACCAGGAAUCUGCACGAAGAACUGCAGUUGGAGCUUCUGGGUGUUCUCAAUAACCUCCAUGGUGAUAAACUGGUUCGGCUCCUCAGGCCGCGUGGGCAAUGUCCUUGUCAACUACCGCGCUGUCGCGCACGAGGAUAAGUCCUUUGCCCAGGGCUUAGCCUUGAUGAUGAUCAGCUUGUUUGCCCUCAUCCCGGGACCUAUUAUGUUUGGACGCCUCAUAGACUCCACGUGCUUGGUGUGGUCCCAAACAUGCAAUGGAAGCGGGAACUGCCAGUUGUAUGACCAAACCCGGUUCCGUUACUCUCUAAACUUCCUGUCCUGCGUCCUUACAUUCAUCGGCAUGUUCUUUGACAUCCUGGUUUGGUACUACGGCCGAACUCUGGACAUCUAUGGAGACAAAGAGAUCAAGGAGGAGGAGCGCGCCAACAGAAGAGACCAACCCAUUACCCCGCUCUUGGCUAAAAAGAACCAAAAGGAGGAAUACUAGUAGGCUCUCUACCCCCCGCCCGUGAUACUCAAUUCUAAGGAGUAGAAAAAAAAAACAAAAGUUUUCCCAAUACCGUAUUAAAGCACUUUCCCGGAGAAAGUUUCCUGGGAAAGAGGUGAAGACGUUUCGGGAAGAUGACCUAUAACCUGCAGCCAUAUGUACAAACCAUCCGUUUUUUCAGUAGGAUAGUCACCAUACCAUGUGCAUGUUGGAUAAACUUUGUAAAUGUUUUACUAUUUAAGAAUAAAUGACAUACUGCAGUAUGGUUAGUGUAAUAUAAAUGAAAGAAUUUAUUUGUAUCUAUUACUGUGAAUAAACAAAAAUAUUUUAAAA